AUGUCCUCCAAGCUGCUUUCGACGAACAUGCAGAGUACCAACGCCCGUCGUACAAAUCGCCGGAGCCUAUCACACGAGAACUGGAGGAAGCAUCUGGGCAAUGAAGACUUUUACAACGCAUAUAUGAACUUCUUCUCAGAGGAGAUUCAGAAACAUGGGCUAUCACAGACGUUCGAAAAGUUUAUCUUUAGCCACGAGGCCAACUGGGCUAAAGACGAGGCUCGGAUGCUGGACCAGUUUGGAGUGGAAGGAAUGGCGGUGGAAGGAUUGGCACAAGCCGCGGUUCACAAAACUGCGUAUCAAAAGCUCUAUGACGCUAGCUACUUCAACCCAUCAAAUUCCACCGGAAGCUACCUUGCAUCCCUUACGUCAGCACUAUCCCUUGCCUCCUCAAAUGCGAAGCCUCAGCACACCCAUGCGUUCACUAUCCUUGCACGUAUUCUCGAGGAUGACCGUCUUGAAGCCGGAAAAACCUGUGCAAAAGAUAGGGAUAUUAUUCGAGAGUAUGCAUCUCUCUGGAAAGUCAGCGAGGACGAGAAGGAAAUACAAGAACGGGUAGAAGAGCUGGCGUGGCUGGUAACCUUGAUGUUCGGGAUUGGAGGAUGGAAAAAGGAUCGUGAGUUCAAGGCAGACUUCUUUUUAGUUCAUCUGGUAACAUCAGACUUGUUCAUUCCCUCGAUUUUAUCGCUUCUCAAGCCAGCAGACAAAGUGGUACUUCUGCGCGCAUACUUCCCGAUUCUCCUUGGGUACUUUGUGUCCCGUGGGCGUCCCGUCGUUGAUGUCAAAGUCGGGAACCCGUGGUACACCCUCUUGACACACACCGUUCCCCAUCGAGAUGAACAUCACGUCAAAGCGGAGCGGGCGCUUGCUCACUCUGCUGCACUGUACGGGAUCCGUGCAAAAGGCCACUUCUCGCACACGGAGCUGAAAGGUGCGGAGGAAAUCGACGGGACGCUAUUCAUUCGGACCGGAGGACUACUUAUGGGUGCGCUCAAAUGGAUAUUUGAGCUAGAGAAGGAAAUAGAUGACCAAGGAAACGAUGCGCUGUGGAGUCGAGACGGACUUGGAUGGGAUUGA